AUGAAAGAAAUGACUGACGAACAGCUUAGUCUUCUUAAGCAAUUUGUUCUAAUGUGUAAGGCUAAUCCUGGACUUUUACAUCAGCCGCAAUAUGCCUUUUAUCGUGAAUAUUUGGAAAGUUUGGGAGCUAAAAUUCCAUCGGGAACUGAAUCUGGAGGUUCAAAAUCGGAAUCUUUUAAGAGACAACCUGAGGAGACUUUUGAAGAAACUCAAGAGGAGGAGAAGGAAUCUGAUUUGCCACUUCCUGAAUUAGACAAUUCUGGUGUUAUUGAAGACAAGACUUGUGGGGAAGAAUAUGCGAUGGGUGACCCAGAGAAGGAAGUUAGUGAUGAAGAUAUGGAAAAGGCACAGGAACAUCGUCAGGCAGCGCAGAUGGCUUUUGCUGAUGGUGACUAUGAGAAAUCUGUUGAGGAAUAUACCAAAGCAAUUGAAUUCAAUCCUGGUCUGGCCAUCUUACAUGCUAAAAGGGCAAGUACUUUACUUAAAAUGGCAAAGCUUUCUGCGGCUAUAAAAGAUUGUGACAAGGCUAUUGCUAUUAAUCCUGACUCGGCUGCUGCUUAUAAAUUCCAGGCACAUCUUGAUUUGGCUCUCUCUUGCAAAUUGGAUUACGACGACCAGGCGAAUGAAUGGUUGAAAGAAGUAGAGCCAAAUGCAAAGAAGCUUCAUGAUUAUCAACGUGCUAAAGAACGCCUCGCUGAUGAGAAAGAGACUCGUGCUCGUCAAGAACGCGUUCGUCGAGCUCAAGAGGAGAAUAAGCGAGCGGCCGAAGAGAAGCAGAAAUAUGGGGAGGAUAGUGAUGAUUUUGAUGGGGACGUUCCUCCAGGACUUUUUGAAUCAUUCAAGAACAAUCCUGAAUUAGCCAAAAUUAUGGAAGAAAUUAAGAAGGAUCCGUCAAAAAUUGGCCAGUAUUUGAAUGAUCCAAAUGUUCUUAAUUUAAUUGGAAUGAUGGGUGGCAAAGGUGGUGGCGGGUUUAACCCGAGUUCUUUUAAUAUGCCUACUGGCGACACUGAUGACUCGACCCCAUUUAAACAAGAACCUCCAAAAAAGGCGCCAGAGCCUGAUCUUGAUUAAAGAAUUAAAGAGAAGAUAAUUAUAAAACUUUGAGAAGAGGCCAAUUUGUUGGAAUUAAAACAAAAAUAUAAUUGACUCUAAAUAUAUUUUGAUUAUUUAAUUUAUAUCGUGACUUUUAUCUUAUUUUGAGUAAAUUGGCCUUAUAGGCAAAUAAUGUUUGGAUCGUGAACAUAAUUUUAUUAGACAAAUUUUUUAGAAUUCGAUUUAAAGAGAAUUUUUAAAAUCCUUUUUCUUGACUUGAAUUGAUGAAUGGUUAUGUUAAUCUGGAUCUAAAUGUCUAGUCAUGCAUUUUUUAGAUAAUUAUUCGAAGUCAAGAUAAAGGAUAGGUUGCAAAAAAUGUAGGUAUUCUCUUAUUAAUCCCGAAAAUGAGUCAUGCAUUUUUUAGAUAAUUAUCAUUCCCAACCUCUCCGGAAAAUCUGGCUCCAUGCUCAAAUUUUAACUGACCCGAUACUCGGACUUUUUCUCGAUCCGAAAAAUUUUUGAAACCCCGACCUGACAUUCUCAACUCGUGACAUCCCUGGUUGGUUAAAGUCGAAAAAAAAAAGAGAGAAAAAGUCUUUUCCUUGCAAAGUUUAAAAAUGUUCUUAAUUUUGGCGUAAUGCAAAAAAGGAUUUUUGAUGAAAUUUUGUCCUACAGAUUAAUUUUUUGUUUUUGUCUUAUUUUUCUUGUUUUCUUGUUUGUUUCUUCUAGUGAACGACAUAUCGACUUUUUCUUAAGGAAAAAAAGUCGUUUUAAAAAAAUCUACAAUUAUUCGCGAACGACUUUUUU